AAAUGCAGCCGCCUAAAUGAGUCGCUCUAGUCCAAGAAACGAAGAGGUAGCAGAAGUAGCUGAAUUUUUGCCCAUGGCAGCUGUUCCUGACCGAGUGUACCACAGAGCCACUCUGCAACCACUGCCCACCAUGGCACCAAGUAUGUCCAGUAGCUUGGGGGACUCCGGCACCCAGGAAUGGCUGAAUGUCUCCACUGUAAACUUCCAGUCAGGGAUAGUAAAUGAGCGAUUAAGUCUUCGUAAAACGUUAGGGUGUCCAAAGUUACUGCGAAGACCUCUGCCUCCAAAAUUCCUCCCAAAAAUGAUUCAUUGGAGAAAGAAAAGCUAUCCAGAGUCGAGCACAACCCAAGAGGAAAAAACAAGCAUUGCUGAAGUUGAGACUCCUCUUUCUGGCUUUUUUUCGAGGGAACAAACAGGAAGAUCGCUAGAGCAAUUUGACUCAGACCAGCACACAGAUGAAGUCUCGGUUGGUGCUUACAGGCCCAUUGGAUCUGAGGCCCCUUUAGGACAACAACAACAUCAAGAACUUGUGAGGGUUGAUUCUGGAUGUUCAGCCUCUUUGGAACCCACUCCACCUGCACAAGCCCAUGUCAGAGUCAAAAACCUCUUGGUUGACUGGAGUUUUAAAGCAGAUUUCAGUACUGAACUUGAGUUUUUUGCCAAGCCAGGUGACAGAGACUUUCAUUCGAAUCUUCCUGAAAACAUGACUCCUAUCCCUAGGUAUCUGAUCUUUCCUGCCAGCCCUACAGCUGCAGCAAGAAUAUUUAGCAAAGGCAGAAGAGCUUUGUUUUCAAGAACUCAAGCACUGGAACAACCCAAAGACCAAAGCUCCUCUGUAGAUAAGCCUCUAAGCAGAAUCUUAAUCAUAUCUUCUAAGUCUCGGACACCUGAAAGUUUCCAAUCUCAAAGGCAUUAUAGUCCUAACUAUAAAGGCUUGUUUGACCCAUUUCCCAGGCUGAGGGGGUCAUGGAAAGAGCUUGAUACUUACUUUGGCGAUCACAAACAGGAAACACCCUGGAGUGAUAGAUUGAAAAAGAGUCCUCAGACUGAAAUUCACGUACAGCUCCUGAAGAACGAAAGCUUAUCCGAGCACAUUUUAGAGAGGAAACCGCAUAUGCAGUCUAUGAUAGAAAUUGCUUCUGCUAAGAAGGCAGCAAGAAAACUGGUAAGGCAUCAAAAGAAAAAGGAACCCCGGGAUUCAGUCUCCAUUUAUUCUGAAGAAGAAAGUAAACCAGAUUGGGUGCGUGGUAUCGGUUACAAGGGUUUAACAUUAAGCAAAUGUGAUGGAAUGAUGGCCAUAGCAAACUUAGCUGUUUUUAACUGCCGAGUACAUGGAAGAACUGCACUUAAUCUCAAGGCCUUCUUUCUCCCGAAGUGUCCACUCUUAACACCUUUGAGUCACAUUUUGCUGUAUCUUAAUUUAUCAUUUAACGAUUUGCAACUGUUUCCAGAAGAGGUGUUUUGUCUUGAAAAUUUACAAGUUCUAAAUCUGAGAAACAAUCCCAUCAAAGAGAUCCCUUCUAAAAUCGAAGAACUCCGGAAUCUUAAAACUUUCAUUAUUUCCUUCAAUUUGAUCUCUCUCCUGCCGCCUGGGCUAUUUUUAUUACCUUCUCUUCAGUUGCUGGAUAUUUCCUACAAUUAUAUUUGUGUUAUUCCCGAGGACAUCCGCCAUCUCAGAACUCUGGAGAUUCUAAAUGUUGAAGGAAACGAACUGGUUGCUUUGCCAUCUAGCGCUUUGAAACUUCACCUGAAAAAAGUUUUCCUAGAUAAUACCUUCACACAUCCUUUACUGUGGAGAGAGAAUUCUAGGAACAGUGCCCAGAGCCUCAUUCAUCUGGCCUCCUUGUGCUUUGCUCAAAAUCAUCUGUGGCAAAAUUACAAAGUGCUCCCUCAGGAAGCCCAGAAAAUACUUCUCUGCUUUUCCCUCUGCGACUAUUGUCAGGGACCAAUGUAUGGCAAAGGACUUCAAUUAAUCCGACCUUAUAACAUUUUUGGGAUUCCGCUACUUCCUUUUAUGUUUCAUGUCUGCUGCUCUUCCUGUUAUAGAAACCUUAGAUUUGACAACCAGUUCCUGACUGAUUUUCUUUGUAAAAAAUGAUUUGAAGUGGAGCUGAGCAACCGAUGAUGUGGUAUGGUUAUUAAAGAGGAAAAAGUCCCACAGCCUAACAGGAAAUUAAUGAAAAAUAAUGUCAACUUUUUGAGUGUAACUUCCAUGUGAGUUUUACAGUCUCUGUAAGAGAAAUGCCUUAAAUCAGGAAUCUUUUGCUUGUAUGCUAUUGCUACUCUUCAGUCCGAGAUGCU